UCGGCCCCUCGCUCCAGUCUCGGGGGUCUGGAGUGACAGUGCAACAGCAGGAGGAUGCAGGGAGCUAACGUGAAGGAAAACGAGGGAAAGCUGGACAGACGGAUGGCUUGAAGCGUUUAAAGAGGAUUUUCCUUAUUUGUUCAUCAAGUGAAUGGGGUGAGACUGAGGUGCACAGAAGAACGGCAUGGACACUGUUGAUCCACUGGAGCAGGAGAGACUCAUCUUCAUCAUCACGCUGCCCCUGUCCUCCGCCAUCAUCCUGGCCAACCUCCUCAUCAUCGUGGGAAUUGCCUGCAACCGCCAGCUCCACAACACCCCCAACUACUUCUUCUUGAGCCUGCUUGUGGCGGACCUUUGCACAGGCAUCGCCUUGCCGUUCAUUCCUCGAAUGGGCCUCACCCGUUCGUUGAACUUUCAAGCCUGCCUGUUCAUGCACAUCUUCCCCAACUUCCUCUUCCUGUCCUUCCUCUUCAACCUGGUCAUGGUGCACUAUGAGCGCUACCUUUGCAUCGUCAGCCCACUGCACUACAGUCAGUUUUGGGUGCACCGAUGCUUCCCCGCCGCCUUGCUGGCUGUCUGGAUGCCUCCAUUGCUCUUUGCUUCCCUUCCUGCCUUUGGCUGGAACAACUGGAAUGAGUGGAGCAGUGAGAGCUACUAUAACUACCAUAACACCAGUGGCUCAUCCAGUGGAGAUGGAAGUAGUAACUGUUCUUCAGGCACAUGUCAGGAUGAUGAACAUUGCUCCUACAAACAGAUAUUUCCAAGACCCUUUAUCUACAUGGAGGUAUAUGGGCUACUUCUUCCAGCAAUCAUGUGCAUUAUAGUGAUGACUGGUCGUGUGCUGUGGAUCGCAAGGAAGCAGCUGCGGGACAUCUGCAAGCUCCACCGUGCAGUGGAGCGUCAUGAAGCUUCGGACCAUGAGCAGCAGCUCAACGUACGUUAUGCUAAAUGCGUAGCUGCCGUCUCCCUCACUUUCCUCCUCUGCUGGGUGCCAUACAUUGUGUACCUCCAUGUGUCCGUGGUACUUUUUCAAGAUGAGAAUGACAACAACUCAUCCCUAAACAUCAUCCUGUCCUGCACAGGGAUUGGCAGCAUGGCCAUUAUCCCGGUCAUACUGGGCCUGGCCAACCGGCAGUACACUGAGCCAAUAAGGAAGCUGCUAAGGAAGCUGAGGGAUCGCUGGACUGGUGUACGAAACUCGGAGGAUGCCACUCCAUGAAAACCAGGGGGUAUUUCACUGAGCAGUCUUUCUCAGCUUGUUCGAAAAGUUUGUCGAAUAGGAGAAGAGAUAGGGGACAUUCCUGCCUGGCAACUUUGGCUAAAAUCUUUUUGUUUACUGAGAAAUCCUGUAGUGUGAAAUACCCCGAGGGCUUGUAUUUAUCAAAGCUUUUCAGUGGCAGAGUACUGAUCUGGCAUCCAGGACCCACAUGCACACCUUCACUGCCUGUCAGACUUUGGGAACACCCUGACUUCUUGUGAAAUUUUUCAACUACUGUUUGAUUUCCACUGUUUUCAUUAACGUUAAGCAGCUAUUUGGUAAUCCUUUGGGUGUAUUUAGCUUGAAUAUGCCAUGUUCAU